GUGCAGCCACACAUGCCUGAGCAGUGAGAGGCCCAACUCCCCUUGGCUGGCUGGCAUCCCAGAGGCACAGAGGGUUUAGUGAGCGGCAAGACAAGCAAAGUUUAGAGGGAGUAAAGGGGAUCCUGGUGCUUAUUUUUCAAAGGGUGUAUUUUUAUCCGCAGAGGGUGUGUGAGCAGGUUGCUUUGGAAGCUGACAGUCAUGGCGGAUACAGGGGUCCAGAAGAAGCACCAAGCUCUGGCAGAGGUGUCCUGCGAUGACGACGACAUCGCCUUGGUGGGCGCUGCCGCGGAGCCGGCGAUCGAUGGCGGACACCCUGCCGAGGAGCUCAAAAGCGAAGCACAGAUGAACGGCGUCAUGGUCCUGGCCCUGCUGGACAAGAUAAUUGGUGUGGUGGACCAGAUUCAGCAGACUCAGACCGGGCUGGAGGAACGUCAGGAGGCUAUGGAAAAGUCGGUCUCCACCAUCCAAGGGGAGCUGUCCAAACUGUCCAAGACCCACCUGGGGACAUCCACCACCACCACCAAGAUGUUAGACAAGGUUCGCAGGGUCAGCGUGAACGUCAAGAUGGUGCGCAAUAACCUCGAGAAGCAGGCGGGCCAGAUCAAGAAGCUGGAAAGCAACGAGUGUGAGCUACUCAAGAGGCGCAACUUCAAAGUCCUCAUCUUCCAGGACCAAAUGAAGGCCGCUGUGACUGCAAAGCCGGCAGAGACGGUGGCCGAGGACGGCAAGGUGGAGGGACUCCAGCAGAUACCAGAGGAGGAUGGCGAGGACCAGCCGGCCAACCUCAACUCUGACCAGGAGGUGGAAAUCGAGGAGAUCGUUGAGGAGUCCCGAACCAAACGCCUGCAGCGCUCCACCAAGAGGCAAGUGAACAGCAUCAAAAAGGCUUUCUCCAAGGAGGAGAUGGAGAAGACCAAGCUGAAGACCAAGGAGAACCUGGAGAAGACCAAGCAGAGGACCCGCGAGAACUUGGAGAAGACUCGGCAGAAAACCCGCGACAACCUGGAGAAAACCAAGCACAGCCUGGAGAAGAAGAUGAACAAACUAGGUUCACGUAUGACCCCCAACAUGGAACGCCGGGUUAAGAUGAAAACCUCCAAAGAGAAGGUAAAGAAGUCCCUCACACCUGACCACGCCCUCUACGCCCGAUCCAAGACCAGCGUCUACCGCGUGCCCCCCUUCACCUUCUACGUCAAGAAGAUCCGCGAGGGCAUGGAAGAAGAGCACCCCGCCGAGAUGACGGAGGUGGCCGACCUGCCCGAAGGCGAGGAGAACGGGUUGGGCGUGCACGUGGAUAUGGAGGAGGGCGAGCUGGUAAACAUAGACAGCCCAGAGAUGGAGGCCAUGCUGAGGGAUCCUCAGCUUGUCAGUGUGAAGGCGGACCACCGAGAGAAGACCCAGCGUGACUAGAGACUCCAUCCCGACAAAGGCAGAGGAAACACGGAAUCUCAGUAACCAUGAGGACUUGAUGCAAAUAUUCACAUUUGUUCCAUUCUCUUUUUUUUUGUAUCCGAAAGCUUUUCAUACUCAGUUCACGUUGCAACAUUUCAAGGACAGAUAAGCGAUGCAACCGGUUACUAAACGAAUCUUUUUCUCAACAUUGUGUUUUCGGCUUGUUAAUUGAGUGCCAGCUAGGAAAAUAAGAAGCUAUAAAUAUUCUUUGCCGUUUGAUGUAGAGUAAUAUAUUUGCCGUGUGAGUUGUGAGGGUAACAGGAAGUCAUUUGGAAGGUUCCAGGGUAGGUCUCAUGGCGCUGCUGUGCUAAAUCAGGAAAAGGCAAUUCAAUUCAAAAAUAGGAAGUGAAAGAAUAACUGAGAUGAUGUGCACACCCUUUUGUUAUGUCAGCAAACACCUGCUACAUUUUAAAAGUAAAGCUAUUGGUACCACUUUAUUUGACAGUGUGCUCAUAAGACUGUCAUAAUUAUGACAUGACACUGUCAUGAGUAGAAGUGGGAACCUCUUCGUAGCUCAUGAUCAAGGGCGUAGGUUUGCAUAGAGACUGUAGGGACAUAACACUACCAACUUUUCAGGAUGCUCAAAUUGUCCCCACUAACCUUUAAAGUGCACGUGACACAAAAAAGCAUGUUUAUUUCAUAAUACACGCGGUAUUUUAUGCGCCUGAAUGAUAUGGACCGCUUGGAUGUGUGUGGAAGCGAUCGCUAUAUUUAUUUAGUUUUUUGAAUCCAGCGCCAUGAAAAUGAGUGACUUCCGGCUUCGGUCUUGCAUUGAGGAGGAGGGCGCUGUGACGUGUAUGGGAGAAGGACUCCUCUUCACUAUACAGCCUACUGUUGUGUAUGAGGACUAAGGAUUCAGCUGAUUUUUCAGAUUAAUACGUUUAUUUUGCGCAUCACGCCAGCCAAACGGCUGCAGAAAAAUCUUGCUGUAUGAGGGAGAGGCAUGUGCGCCUUUUUGGAGUUUCAAAAGGUUCCCAUUCACCGUGGAUAUUGGCUAAAACAAGCCCGACUGGCACCAUUGGACUUACGAGGAAGUGAGUAAACAUCUUGUUUUGUAUUUUGUCAAAUACGAAUACAGCGAUUACAAAGUAAACACUACAAACUUUCUUUAAAUAAAGGACUACUUACGUUUGAUCAUUGAUAGGCAUGUAAAAAGCUCUCCUCAUGCACAUUAGCUGCACGUUAGCUGCACAACAAUUGCAGCCGCCCUCCUCCGGGGAACGAGCUGUAAAUUGCUCUCUGCCGGGCGGUUUGCCAAUCCGCGAAGACAAUCGACAACGCAGUCGUCAUGUCAAAUAAUCCGGGCUAGUUAUGUGUGAUUUUCCGCUUCGAAGACUUUGAAACAUCACUCGGUUCGGGUUAGCAUGUCGGCUAGCUGUCACGCCUCUUGGUUUGUUUACAUUCUCCGAAGCCGGGGAAGGGAAAUGACACAUGUCCGAUUUAGGUGUCAUAAAAUAUCGUUCGGGAGGUGCGACAGUAAAGGUGAAGUCGACAGUUUUGACCAUUAUGGAGUCAUUUUGCCAUGUCGUCCUGAAUAAGUGCAUUUUUAUUAUUUCAUAUUCCAUUAAGCACAAGACUGUUAUUUGUAAUGACCAUGCCAUUUAUUUAGCAGUUGGGGAAAAUACUUGGAUAAAAAGAAUAUCCUGUAAAAAUAUUGAAGUAAAGAGACAGAAACAAUGACAUUUUGCAGAUCUCUUCGUCGCGUUUUCCUCGUUGUGAAUAGUUCCCCCUCGACGGGCUGACUGGUCCUUCUCAAACCAUUUAUUUAGCUAUUGGGGAAAAAUACUUGGAUAAAAAGAAUAUCCCGUAAAACUAUUGGAGUAGAGAGACAAUGACAUUUUGCGGCUCUCUUCGUCGCAUUUUCCUCAUUCUGAAUAAUUCCCCCUCAAUGGGCUGUAUAGUAAAACCGAUGAGCCCAGUCUCCUGCUGACGUCAUCCACCUGUUGGGGACGCGUGAGUCCUAUAAUGGCAGGCGUGGCUAAUCGGCAUAUUAAAAGACUAAUUUCUCGUCAUCUGCGCUUUGCUAAAUUGUUGUAUAUAGUCGAAUCGUCUCAAAAUAUGAUUGUAAUUCAUAUAAUAAUGCUAUUUAAGACUUUUUUGUUCUCCUGUCGUAUGCUCUUUAAGCAACCUUAUGCAUUACUGUAUAUAAUGAGUUCAGCUAUACAGGUACUUCAGAUUGUCUUCCCAUAUGUUGUAAGGAUAGAAUCGACCCAACUGUUAUUAAGUGAAUUAUUUUCAUUAUGUUCAACUUUUAUUUACCCCUUUUCACUUGCUGAAUGCACCAGUCCCCCCCCCCCACUCAAACGCACGUUUGAUUGGCUGAUGACCUGACCCGCCCCCGACACACACGCACACCCUCACACUCACACAGCACUGGCACAAAUACAUGUCGACAACAUGCCGCCUCCUCCACCCUCUUCGAAGAGGAAUUUUUUUCGGCCAGCAGCAGCCACUGUAAGUAAUUUUAAAAGAUGCUGUUGGAGGCAGUCUUUCAGUUCCUCCGCGUGUUCGUUUUCAAUUCAGGUGAGACGGCUAGACUGGAUCGCAAAGUAAAAGACUGGAGGCAAGAGAUCAUUACUGCGCAGUUUCAGAAAUUUCUGGGUGCACUUAGCUCCAAGACAGGCUGUACAGAAAAUGCACACUGAUCAAGAAACCCGGCCUUCUUUAAAUACAAAUAAGGAGGUGUGACUGAAACACUGGGUGAUUAAUUCUUCCUGUGGAAAUAAGUCAUGAGCCUUGUUGUGUUGGCAGUUAAAAGUCUGAUUCAUGAUUCUCAUGAUGAUAAUCAUGAUGAAGUCAUGAUUAUCUGGGGCAAAACUAACUAUCAGCAGUUUCUAUGAAAAACAACUCCAUUUGAUUGCAUUAGACAAGAUGCAUACUGACUUCAACGCUGAUGUUGUGGAGGUGGGAAACACUAGCCUGGAACUCCAGACUCACCGCUGUUCCAGCAAUAGAGUCUGGGACCCAGCUCCUUAUUGGCCUAUCAAGCCCGAACGAAAUCGUCCGUGCAAUUAGAUUUGUUUAUUUGCGUGAUGUGUUCUUAACGAGCAACGUCAGUCUUGUACGUCGGAAGUUGUCUCCACAACAACACAGAUGGUGAACGGCAGAGCCAAGAAUAUGUUCCUAUCCGCGGUAAAUUCAGUUUUAAAUGACCAAAAACACAUUGAGUCGCUAAAACCAACAGUAUGUCUCGCGCUAGCCAUGUUGAAUAAACUUCUCCGUUCUCCGCUCUCCUUGUAUGUUUACGUCCGUGGCUAAAGUUUCUUGUCACUUUACUGACGUCACGUCUGCCUAGAGGUGGGAAUGUUUGGGCACCUAACGAUUCGAUUCGAUUACGAUUACGAUUCGAUUAUAAAUCGAUUAUUGAUGACCCCCCCACCCCCUGCUAUUAGCUGCUUUUAAUGUUUUGUACAUUAGUUACAAAAACUGUAAUAGAAAAAAAAAAUGUUUUUAAGCCUUGCAGGCUUAAAUACACUACUAUUUCAGUAUCAAGUUAACAGUUAAAAACAAUAAAUAAUAUACUCAAAUCCCCAUUUUUUAUCAGCAUCUUUAAACUACAUUCAAUUAAAUUAAUGUUGUGAAUCAACACAUCAAAAAAACCGUUAAAGUUGCUAAAAAUUGCUCCCGUUAUUCCAUAAUUUCCCUUCUGUCUACUUUCGACAUGUGAAAGUUUUAAAACUAUUUUAAAGAUAGAUUCAAGUCAAUAUUUUGCCGAUUUAGGAAUAUUUUAGAUAAAAAGUUAAUUAGGUUCGCUUGGAAGUUUCGUUACAAAAGCCUUGCAGGGAAGUCUACUGCUUUAAGAUGGCGGCCGUUUACUAACGCCCGUAUCUAGCUUUUUGAACAUGUGCUGCUAACACUACCCAGUCUGUUAUUUUGCAUCUAGUCCUAUAUAAAUAUAUCUACCGUACCAUUACGUGGACGUAGUUUGUAGCAGGUAUCUGCAGCAGUCAGGUAUAUUGUUGUUGUUUUUUAAAUCUCGUGGCAUGAGUUGAGUCAGAGCCGUGAUUUGAGCAUUGUCAUUACCUGAGGGGCCGGGUAAUGACAAGCAUGACGUUUAGCUACUCUCGCGCCGUUCCUCAUUGCGUCCCGAAGACAGCGCGGCGCGCUAAGUGUGUUUUACUUCUGCUCUACUUGACAUACUUCAAUAAUCGGAAUAUGGAUGUUUGUGAAUCGUUCUCGAAUCUUCCACGGCCGAAUCGCGAAUAAUCUAAGAAUCGGAAAUUUCGCACACCUCUACGUCUGCUCGUCGCUAAUUGUUCCACUCAGCUGUCUGUUUGGUGUGGCUUGCUCCGCCCUGGGAAUUCGAUCAGCUGAACAGUCACCAGACUCUAUGGCUUGAACAGUGGUGAGUCUGGAGUUCCAGGCUAGGGAAACACGUCACUAAUUUUGCUACUGAAAGUCCGACCUGCAUUAGAGUUAGCAUAACAUUGAACUGUGUAAACUUGCAAACCUGCAAAACCCGGGUAGGAAGCUGCUUAGAGAGGUGUCCUUCUGUUUGUGUUUUCUAAUGUAAUGUAAUGUAGUGAACUCUGCUGGAAACUAUAGAACCAGAAUAACAUGAGCAAGAAUUUGCUUGAACAGGGACAUACACACAACAUAAUCAUAAUUAACUAUGUACAUUCAAAAGAAAAAAAAAUAAUAAUUGUGGGUUGGGGGGUUGCUGCGAGCUACUCACACUAGCGUUGCAAUCGAUUGGUCAGUUGUGAUCGACAUAAUGAGCACCUCUGAUUUAGCAUAUUAUUAGUAUUAGGGUCAUAAAUUCAUAUGUUGCUAACACAACAUAACAUACACACAACAUAAUCAUAAUUAACUAUGUACAUUAAAAAAUAAAGAUGAAAUCUUGGGAUGUCGCUACCAACACUAGUGUUGCGAUCGACUGGUCGAUCAUGAUCGACAUAAUGAGCACCUCUGAUUUAGCAUAUCAAUGUAUUAGGGUCAUAUUUGUGAGAAAUGUAGCCCUGACCCCUAUUCACCCAAUCUGUUUGGCAAAAAGUGUACAUGCAGGAAAUGCUGUUAUAUCGUCCCUUCCAAUGUUGAGACCAAGCCUACGCCCUUGAUCAUGACACGAUACGACUUGCGAUACAAAGCUCACAAUAGCGAUGAUCUCACGAUAUGGCUGUGCAACGGUUUAGGGCUGCAGCUAUCGAUUUUUUUAGUAGUCGAUUCAUCAAUGAACAAUUUAACUCGAAUAAUCGAGUAAAACACUAGAGCUGAACCUCAAAUUGUAUCAAAACAUUAAUAAAUGAGGAUCUAAGUACAGCAAAAGAACAAUUGGCUAACUUACAUAGCAAAAGUUCGCUAGCUUAAAUUCUAUAAAAUGCUAACAUUUUUUUUUUUUUACAAUGCUCUUAACUAGUGCUGCAACGAUUAAUCCAUUAACUCGAGUAUUCGAUUAGAAAAAUAUAUUCGAAUUAAAUUUUGUUGCUUCGAGUAUUCGUUUAAUUGAAGUGGCAUUGUAAUGGUUUAUUUUGAAAGUGUUUGAUCUGCCUCAUUUCAGAUGGCUGAAUCCAGCUGCUCCCUGUUAAGACCAACGUAAGCUAAGUUUUUGUUUGAGCUAAUGUUUUUUUAAUGCAUUUGUAAUUUAGGUUAUAUGUAUAUUGCCUGAACCAUUUGUUAAGAGCAUUGAAAAAAAAAAAAAAAAGUUAGCAUUUUAUAGCAUUUAAGCUAGCGGACUUUUGCUAUGUAAGUUAGCCAAUUGUUCUUUUGUUGUAUUUAGAUCCUUAUUUAUUAAUUCUUUAUACCGUUUGAUGCUCAGCUCAGGUAUUUUAAUUUUUUAUGUUCCUUAUCCGAUUACUCAAUUAUUCGAACUAACUAGUUAAUCGAUUAAUCGACUACUAAAAUAAUCGAUAGCUGCAGCCCUACUCUUAACAUAUGGUUCAAACAUGUAUUCCCACAAAAAAAACGGCUUAAUACACUAUGAAAUAAAUAAUGAAUGCAUUAAAAGACAUUAGCUCAAACAAACGCUUAUGUUGGUCUUAACAGUGAGCAGCUGGAUUCAGCCAUGUGAAAUGAAUUAUGUCAUAUUCACUGUUGCCACUAGAGGGAAGGUAAAAACUCUAGGCUAAUGCAAGGCUCCUGCUAAACUCCAUUUUGAAAAAAAAAUCUCUCCAUAAUAGCAUUUAAUUGUACAUUUUAAAAAAAGAAUAGUGGUUCUUGUUGACCUCAGAGAGAUUGCCAUAAUUGCUGCGUAAGUACCGUGAAUGUGCAACGGACAAAAUGUUUCAACGUCCACUUUUCCAUUUUUUUUUUCUUUGCCUGAAGACAGUUGUGUGUUUGACCUUGAUCAAAAAGACUUGAUGUAGUACGGUUAUUCACAAGCCCUGGAGGUGAUUUGAACAAUCCACCAGCUGCAGAAUUCAAUUAAUUAAGAGAGUGCUUUGAGCGGCAAGCAGAGUGGAAGACGAAUUAAAACGGUGAGAUUCAGAAGAAUUUAAAUGUGUUUGCGUGCUUGUGUGAUUGUAUUCAGUAUAUCUACAGUACACCUUUCGGUGCAGUAAUUGCAGUGGUAACUCAUUCGCUGCCAUUGACGGUGAUGGACGUCUAAUGCAGUGCUUCUCAAAUUUUUUCUGUUUCUGUUAUUAUUGUGUCCCUCUUAAUAUUAAAGAAAAAAAUAAUGUAGAUUAACUUAAAGUAUAACUAUCUUAACAUUGUUGUGUUUGUAACAGAAAAGACUUAAGGUGCAUCACUUUGUCUGAAUAAAACAAAAAAAAAGUCACAUCUGAAAUGCAAAAAUACACUUAAGGUACAUUUUAUGACCAUUUAAUAUUGAAAAAUAAAAUGUAAUAAAAUGAUUAGCAACAUUAACUCAUGAGAACAAUAUGCUAAACCAUUUGACCGAAAAAACAAAAAUUGGACAGUGUCAUUGGACAGAGAGACAGUUUUUUUUUGCUUUUUUGCACUGAACAACUUGGUAUGCCACCUUAUAUGAUGCUAACAGAGCUCGCUGGUUUACUGAUGUAACACUGACAACGCGGGACGAUUGUUUGCAAUAUUCGGCACGCUACAUACACUUUGUCAUAUUUCCUCGUUUUAGCUCUUCAUAUCUCCAGCGAUCUUUGCUGUGUGUUCUUGUUUGGUUAAAAAUACUACGCACACUCUGAAAAUGAACACGCCAGUGCCACCCAGAGUGGAUGUGCAAUUAUACUUUAUUCUAGUACGGCAAAAAAGUAUGUUCCCCGAGGUCUCAUACGCCACCCCCAGCAUUGCUCUACGCCACCCUUGGGGAGGUUUGAAAUGGAUUGGAUGUCUACGGGCAGAAGUGGGUUGAGUAGCCGAAAAUUUUACUCAAGGAAGAGUAGCGUACCUUCAAAGUAAUAUUACUGAAGUAAAAGUAGUCAUCCAAAAAAUGUACUCAAGUACAAGUUAAAAAAAAGUAUUUGAUGAAAAGAAGACUCAAGUAAUGAGUAACAUUGUGAGUCACUGCUUACGAUGUUUGACUUUUUUUUUUUCUAAACAAUGGCAUUUUUCUCAGCACAAAGUUAUCUAUAGGAACUGUUAUUACUAUACGGUACAAUCACCAUAUUAAGGCAAAGAAACCCUCAACCACCUAAACUUUCAAAAAGUUACUCAAGUAAAAAUAACAAUAAAUUUAACAUGUUACUACCCACCCCUGUCUACUAAUGACAAACUAAUUUAAUGUCACAGCACAAGGAUGAAAAGAGCCACGUGACUGGACGCCUAUCAUCGCCAAUGGCACUGAAAGAGUUAAGAAAACUACAUUAGGAUUAGAAAAAUGCUUAAAUAGCUAUACGUUAAGAGUAUUAAAAGUGAUUAGUUUUUGACAUGUGUAAAGUAUUGUUUUGUGAAUCAAACAUUGAUUUACUUGUAAAAUAAUAUAUUAAGAAAGUUGCAGACACAUGGUUACUCCAGAAGAAAGACUGAACUGUUAUGUUACAUUUGAAUAAUAAA